UGCACGCGCGGGAAUGGACGAGAGGACGGCCGGACAACUGGAUUCCUACCGAGUAAACUCUUGUGUAGCUGCUACCUGAAAUCUGGUUUACGGCAUAACGGCAGGAAUAUUUUUUCUGAACUUUGAUGAGAAGCAAUUUGCGUAAAGAUGUCCAAACGAAAGAGUCAGUGCACAGGAGAGAGCCAACACAAAAGGUCACGGUCUUCUCAGCCAGAAGUAGACGACGACGAAGACUUGGAGUUUCCAACAAUUUCUCAACUUGAAGCCGACCCAGUGUCUUCAGUCUCCACGACGGGAGAUGUGGGCAUUAUAGAGAGCAUCACACUGAAAAACUUCAUGUGCCACGCACAUCUUGGCCCCUUCACGUUCGGGCCUAAUGUCAAUUUUGUAGUUGGGAACAAUGGAAGUGGGAAGAGUGCUGUGCUCACGGCCCUUAUUGUGGCCCUGGGGGGGAAUGCUCAGACCACCAGCAGAGGCUCUUCUCUAAAAUGCUUCGUCAAGGAGGGAGAAAGCUCUGCGGAAGUGUCCAUCACGAUUAAAAACCGGGGGAAUGACGCCUUUAAGCCCGAGGUCUAUGGCCAGUCCAUCAUUCUGGACCUGCGCAUCUCCAGUGAAGGCCUCAGGACGUAUAAACUCCGCAGUAAAACCGGUCAGUUGAUUUCCUCGAAGAAGGAGGAGCUGAUCGCUAUACUGGAUUACUUCAACAUACAGGUGGACAACCCCGUGUCCAUUCUAACUCAGGAGAUGAGCAAGCACUUCCUGCAUUCUAAAGGGGAGACGGAUAAAUACAAGUUCUUCAUGAAGGCCACCCAGCUGGAGCAGAUGAACGAGGACUAUGACUACAUCAUCAAGACCCAGGGGCUCACCCAGAACACAGUGGAUCAGCAUGAGGAGACUCUGGAUGAUCUGAAGAAAACGUUUAAGGAGAAGGAGGAGAAGUUCAAGGGCUUGUCCUCGCUGGAAGAAAUGAACAAAAAGUUGGACAACCUCAAGAACCAAAUGGCCUGGGCGUUGGUUAAUGAAAUGGAGCGGGAGCUAGGGCCUAUGAGUGAACGAAUGGCGGUUGAAGAGAGGUCAACACCGAAGUAUGACCAGAAGGUUGAAGAGUGGAAGGCGAAGGUAGAGGAGGCGGAGAGGAAGUACCGCGAGCAGCACGAGCAGCUGGAACAGGUGACGGAGCGUCUGCAGCAGCUGCAGCCGCAGGGUACCCAGCUGCGGAGCGACGUCCAGGAGCGCAACCGAGCGGUCAAGGCUACAGAGGCCAGCAGCCACAAGCUGAAGACCAACCAGCGGGACUUGGAGAAGGACAAGGAGCAGCUCACCAAACGCAUAGAUGAACUCAGACUCAGCAUCAGCACGGCGUCGGCGGCGGACAGUCAGGCCCGAGAGGCGCGCAUGGCGGGGCUGCAGCUGGAGCUGGAGGACCUGGCGCACCGCGACUCCACCCUGACCCAGCAGCUGGAGCAGUUCCAGCAGGCCGUCGCCGCCGCCAAGGACAACCUGGACAAGAUGAGGCGUGAGGAGCAGGACCUCCAGCGCUCGUGCAGCUCCAAGGAGCAGGCCCUGCGUCAGCUGGAGGCCAGCCGCACCAAUCGCAUCCGCCGCUUUGGAGAGCACAUGCCCGCACUGCUCAACGCCAUCGACGACGCCUACAGCAAGGGAAUGUUCCAGAAGAAGCCUGUGGGGCCACUGGGUUACUGUAUCCGUCUUAAGGACCCCUCUCUGGCCAUGGCUGUGGAGAGCUGUCUGAAGAGCCUGCUGAUGGCGUUCUGCUGUGACAACCAUCAAGAUGAGCGCCACCUACAGGCCUUAGCCAUGAGAUACCUCAAGGACAAGAGGCCCACCAUCAUAGUCAGCCAGUACAGUGAGACGCUCUACAACGUCUCCCAUAGGGCUGUCAAUCACCCACAGUACCCCAGUGUGCUGCAGGCUCUGGAAAUUGACGAUCCUAACGUGGCCAACUGUCUGAUCGACAUGAGGGGGAUCGAGACCAUAUUGGUUAUUAAGAACACGGUGGAUGCCAGAAGGGUGAUGCAGCACAACCGGCCGCCCCAGAACUGCCGAGAGGCGUUCACCGGGACCGGCGACCAGGUGUUCACCAACCGCUACUACUCCACUGACGCCAACGCCAGGGCACGAGUACUAGGUGGAGAUGUGGAGGAAGAGAUCAGCCAUCUGCAGGCGUCCCUGAACAGCCAGCAGCAGAACCUGACACGACUGCGGCAGCACAAGCAGACGCUGGACGCCGAGAUCCGCCAGAACAACGCCCUGCUCAAGACCACCCACGAUGAACGCACCAAAGUCAAGAACCAAUCCAGGAGGUUGCAGCUGGAGAUCAAUGAACUGCAGAAUGUGGAGGAACCUCAGUCUGAGGACCUGGUCCCACUGGAGGAGGAGCUGGAGGAGAUCAUGGCGAAGCUGAGCGUAUCGGUCCAGAGGUGUGCGGAGGCCCAGGAGAAGCUGAACGUGGCGCGCAGCGCCGCAGCGGAGGCUGAGCAGAACUUCCGGCGCCACCGAGAGCUCAUCGCCAGCGCCGCCGAGGAGGCCGAGCCAAUCAGGGAAGAGCUGAGCAAAUGUGAUCAAGAGGUGGAGAAGUGUAAGCAUCACAGGAAACACUACGAGGAGAAACGCAAAGCCCACGUUAACAACAUCCAGGCGCUCAAGAACAACCUCCAACAGAAAGAGCUGGAACUCAAGGAGUCCAUAGCGAAGGCCUCGGAGAUCUGUGCAGAGCGUCUGGAGGUGAGGAAGUCGGCGAAGAACCUGGACCUGGAGAUCAGCCGUCUGCGGACCGUCAUCAACACCCAGCAGGAGCAGCAGGGGGACCGGGAGCUCAUCAUCAGGCAAUAUCAAGAAGCCCACCAGAAAUACACCACUACUACCAGGGAAGUGAAAAUCCUUAAAAAGUUUGGCGAGGUGAUCUCAGGAAUCAUCCAGCACAGACAGAAAGCUUACGCCAAUCUGAGGGGUUUCUAUUCGCUGCGCUGCAAGUACUACUUUGACAUGACCCUGGCACAGAGGGGAUAUGUCGGCCAUAUGAACUUCGACCACAAGACUAAGGCUCUCUCCAUAGCUGUCCAGCCCGGAGGCAAAAACAAGGCGUCACUGAGCGACAUGCGUUCUCUGUCGGGCGGCGAGCGCUCCUUCUCCACCGUCUGCUUCGUGCUCUCGCUCUGGUCCAUCACCGAGUCGCCCUUCCGGGCCCUGGACGAGUUCGACGUCUACAUGGACAUGGUGAACCGGAGGAUCUCCAUGGACAUGUUCUUGAAGGUGGCCUCCAGUCAGCGCUACAGGCAGUUCAUCUUCCUCACUCCCCAGAGCAUGAGCUCCCUCCCGGUCAACAACCUGAUCCGUAUUUUACGACUAAAUGACCCGGACAGGAACCAAACCGUCCUGCCCUUUGGGCAGCGCAACUACGACGACUAGCCUCGGAGAAAAGGGUAGCACGCUGCAGAGGACCCCAUUAGGAUUCCCUCACGGAGGGGCCACCCCAUGUUAGGUGUUUUGUUUAUUUGUUUAAAUGUUUAUUUAAGAAAGCGUGAUUCUCCUAGACUUUCUUUACACAAGGAGCAGUUUAAAAAAAUGUUAUUUUAAUAAAAGUUCAGAGAUAACUUUUGUAUGUUUUUGUACAUAUUUGAAAUACUUAAUCUGUAGAGAAUUGUUAAGAUGUGGUCCUUGUCUAUUUUGAUGUGAGAAAAAUGCAUCGUCUGUUCUUUUGUGUUCAGUAUUUUUGUUAAUGGUAAAUCUUUAUGUAAACCUUCCAUGAACAAAAUGUUUUCCGGUUAUCUCUAUUGACGUCAAAGUGUUAUUAUAUAUUCAGUUAUAAAUUCCAGAACACUGGAAAAGAAGUCUGUUUAUUAUGCUUCAUGGAAUUGAUGCUGACCAUCGACUCAGUCUAUGUUGCUGACAGUGUAAUUUGAAUAUGGAUGCAACCGGUGUAGUGUGAAGCCCCUAAAGAAACAUGGGCCUAAAACUGAAUGUAUGUGGUGCAAAUGACACUUUUCUGGUAUGCACCAGAAACUUUUUGGUCCAUGUCCCCUUGGGAACUCUACAAUUGUUUGGUCCAUGUUCCCUUGGGAACUCAGUAGUGGUUUGGUCCAUGUCCCCUUAGGUUCCCCAUAGUAGUUUGGCCCAUGUAGUAGUUUGUAGAUGAGCUCUUCCAUGGAAAUGUUGAUGUCUGCAUUUUCAUACUGGGUUUAUUUUCAUUGCACCAAUACAACCGUGACUGUGAUACAAAACUUGCUGUUGGGUACAAGUUUGGGUCAUGUGUGCAGCCUCAGAUCUACUUUGCACAAACUAUACAGUCUGGAUCACUUACCUUGUUUAGCUGCUCUUCCUCAUUGAUACAGUAUUCAGGAAUUGAAUGUGGACGUACAGCUCUGGAAAAAAAAUGAGACCACUGCAUAAUUUUCUUCUGUCAUCCUAUGGUUGCUGAGUGACAUUCAAAUGAGUUAGUUGACGGUCAUAUUCCAGAGAGCGCUGCACAUUUUGAAUAUGACCCGUAAACUCAUUCGAUUGUCACUCAAACCGUAGGAUGACCUCAGAAAAAUGUGCAGUGGCCUGAUUUUAUUUCCCAGAGCUGCAUGUGUAGAAUGCACUUUAGUGAUUGUGUGUGGUUAUCUAUCUGCCUGUGUGCUCAGAGACGGCACUCUUGAAUGUGUUUCUCUCUUAAAUGAGCCUGUGAAUCUCUAGAUCAGUAAAUCACAGGUGUAACAUCUCAAGUUUCGGCUCACAGCCUUUUAAAUAGCCCAUUGGACUCCAUCAACAUCAUUAUCAUCACUCAAAACCAGAACUCUUAUACUGACAUGGUACUUGAGGGUAUAGCCUAAUGAGCAGUCUGAUUUGAGUAUAGCCCCCUGCUCAUGUAUUAUAAUUAUCAUUUGUUUUUAUUAUAGUACGUUAUUGUAGUUGCCCUUGAGUUUAAAAAGAUGCUGGUUAUGAAUAAACUCUUUUUUUGUGUUCAUGA